AUGUCCAACCUAUCACUGGCAAGUCACAAACGGAUACUCACGCGGUAUACUAACCAAUUGCAAAAAGUUCUAAUCCGAUUCAAAGACGCGCAGUUAGAAGAAAUCAGCGUCCAAAACCUGCAAGAUGACAUAACGCCCACGGCCAUUCACACAAACCUACAGCAGUUAGAGGAUGGAGUUGCAGCGUUAGAAAACAUGACCACAAAGAUUCAACACGCACUAGAUAAACUCGCUACUAUGUUCGAAAAGACACACCCAACGUUACCGAAUAUUAAAGAAGAAUUCGCACAAUACUCGAGUACUGCCGAAGAAGCUAUUGGCAAUACUUUCGAAUAUCUUGUACUCCUGCAUGCUCGGAUCCAUGGCUUCAAGACUCACGCUGAGCUUCACAACACAUCCCACAAACCCUCCACUACGAACAGUGGCAAAGAUGAAUCCACUGUCACCGCGGUCAUGAAAAAUCUGGAGCUACGCACAAUCCCAAUCCCAACAUUCAAUGGCGACAUAUGA